CCAUUAUAGAAUCGAACUCUAUUUCACCCGAAUCGCUCUCAUAAAACAAUCAACCCCUCUCUCUUCCCCCAUGGCUGCAGAAUCUCCUGCUUCAGAUCGCAAAGUUGUGGUUCACUUGAGAGCGACCGGCGGCGCUCCAAUCCUCAAGCAGGCCAAGUUUAAGGGGUUGUCCUUGGUCAAUGGAGUGCUCAAUCCAUCAUCUAUGCUUUUUGUCCUGAUUUCUGGAAGUGACAAGUUUUCAAAAGUGAUUGAGUUUCUUCGCCGUCAACUUCAUCUAGAUACAUUGUUUGUGUACGUUAAUAGUGCUUUUUCACCCAAUCCAGAUGAAUUGGUAAUUGAUCUAUACAAUAAUUUUGGAUUUGAUGGGAAACUGGUGGUUAACUAUGCUUGCUCGAUGGCAUGGGGCUGAUAUAACACAGACCUGCGAUCCGUCCAAAUCUGAUACUCUUGCAGCUCAGGGUAGGAGAUGAGACAAAACAUUUGAUUUGUUAUAUCUUAGUUCAAACUGUAAAUUGUGAUUACCAUCAAUUUCUAGUAUCGAGUAGGCUCAUGCUUCUACUGCUUGUAUAUAACAAUGAAACUCUCUAGCCUUCUUGCUUACACCAACCAUAAUUUGAGAUGUAAUUGCUGUGUUCUUGAUUGUGCCU